UAAGGUUUAAAAUGGACCCCAGUAUAGAGUCAGCCAGUUACUUUUAUAAAUAAAAGCAGCUUAAAUAUUUAUUUUUAUGCAAAGUUGUUAGGAUCUUAGAAAAUCCGUUGUUUGUGUAACAAAUGAACUUUAAUAAUAUUAUUUUUAAACCAUAUUUGCUUGAUGCACAGAUUGGCUCGUCUCUUUUCGCCAGCUCAGAGGGUUCGGGUCUGUUCAUCGGCCUGGCUGGGACAGGAGCCGCUGGCGGAAUCGCUGUCGCUGGAUUUGAAUGGAAUGCAACUUAUGUGCUGCUGGCACUCGCUUGGAUAUUUGUACCUGUCUACAUCUCCUCUGGGAUCGUGACAAUGCCAGAGUAUCUGGGGCGUCGUUUUGGAGGGGAACGGAUCCGAACGUACCUCGCUGUCCUCUCACUCCUGCUUUCUGUCUUCACCAAGAUAUCGACUGACUUGUACUCUGGAGCCCUGUUCGUCCAGGUGUGCCUGGGAUGGAACCUCUACCUGUCCACUGUCCUCAUGCUGGUGGUCACUGCUCUCUACACCAUAGCAGGUGGACUGGCUGCUGUCAUCUACACAGACACUUUACAGACAUUUAUCAUGAUCAUCGGUGCAAUCAUUCUAACAAUUACUGCUUUUAACAAGAUAGGUGGCUACAACAAUCUGGAGCAAGUUUACAGCAUCGCGGUGCCAAGUAAAAUUAUCCCCAACAGUACCUGCCAUCUGCCUCGGGCCGACGCCAUGCACCUGUUCAGAGACGCCGUCACUGGAGACCUGCCGUGGCCAGGCAUGACGUUAGGGCUCACCAUACUGGCCACCUGGUACUGGUGCACAGACCAGGUUAUUGUACAACGGUCCCUGUCAGCUAAAAACAUGAGUCAUGUGAAGGGAGCGUCGAUCUUUGCCGCCUAUCUAAAGUUGCUGCCCUUCAUCUUCAUCAUCCUGCCGGGUAUGAUUAGCCGAGCUCUCUAUCCAGACACUGUGGGAUGUGUUGAUCCAGAGGAGUGUGUACGGGUGUGUGGAGCAGAGGUUGGAUGUUCCAACAUUGCCUUUCCCAAACUGGUCAUUGAGCUCAUGCCAAGUGGCUUGAGGGGGCUCAUGAUAGCAGUGAUGAUGGCAGCUCUGAUGUCGUCUCUGACCUCCAUCUUCAACAGCAGCUCCACACUUUUUACCAUGGACAUCUGGAAAAAACACCGCCCUCGAGCCUCUGAGAGGGAGCUGCUGUUGGUUGGCAGGUACCCUACAUCACCUGUACACUUCAUCACUAGGAUGCUGUUUUAUUAUGCAAUGAUCCAUAACAGAUCAAUAACAAAAUAUCUUUGGAUUCUGUUACUGUUAAUGUUUGUCAGGAUUGUCACUGUGAUCCUGGUGGUGGUGAGCGUGGUGUGGAUCCCCAUCCUUCAAUCAGCCAAUAGCGGCCAGCUCUACGUCUACAUCCAAUCAGUGACAAGCUACCUGGCCCCGCCAGUCACAGCCGUCUUCACACUGGCAGUCUUUUGGAAGAGAACCAAUGAGCAAGGUGCAUUCUGGGGCCUCAUGGUGGGUUUGGUGGUAGGCGUGUGCAGGAUGGUGCUGGAAUUCGCCUUCCCUCCUCCCAGAUGUGGCAUUGUGGACUCAGCUCCCCUGGUGUUACGUGGCGUUCAUUAUCUUCACUUCGCCAUCCUGCUCUGUGGACUCACUGCUGUCGUCGUAGCCGUGGUGUCAUUUGUCACACCGCCACCCAGCCAUGAACAGGUGUGCAACCUGACCUGGUGGACAAUAAUUGAGGAGCCAGAAAGAGAGAUUCCUCUCCAGAAAGUGUCUUCUGUCAGCCUCCGUAACUCGCAGGGAUCUGAACAGGCUCGCCGGGCGAUGUGCGGACAGGGAGCAGGAUUGUGCCUCUCAGCGAUGCGGCACUCAGAGCAGACUGCCAGAGUUCCCACGAUUCGGGAGAGUGUGUUCUGGUCCAGGUUCUGUUGUGCCAAUGCUCUCCUCUUAGUCUGCAUUAAUAUUUUCCUAUAUGCAUACUUUGCCUGAACGGGUUGCCAGGUUUGGUAGUGUUCCUCACCAUGCCUCCUGCUGAACUCUGUUCAACCUGUAAACUGCAAACUGGAAGAGGUUUUUGACAAGACAUUUUUUUAUUUUGUCUUGUUUACCUGUUAGAUACCUGAGAGGUACAGCUCUGUGUAAAAGUUUUAAAUCAACUUAAUUUCUUCACACUUUGAUCAAAAUUAGCCUGAUUGUUUCAUAAACCCUAAGAGGUUUUCAACACAUGGAUGUAUGAAGGUUUUUCUUCAUCGGCUCAUUUACAGUGUAUCUCUAGUUUAAACUGGUCUGAUUUAAAUUAAUAUAAAUAAAAGAAUUGCAGCAUUUAGAAUUUUCAAGAUCAGUAUGAAAGUUCACAAACUGAGCUUUAAAGAAUCUGUGUUUAGAGGUGUUUUGUGGUGCUAUGAUCCAGACUUGAUGGGACUAACUGUUGUAAAUGUAGAACCAGAGCUGAUUAUAGUAGGUCCAAAUGCAGUCAGAGCAGCAAAAUGCCCUUUUAGCACAAUCAGAAGCCAGCUUCAGCAUUGUUGAUUUAUGAUUUGCAGAUCAUGCUAAUGCCAUUUAGUAUAUUUUAAUAUUGAAAAUUGGUUGAAUAUUUUAUAAAAUACUCAUGACUUUAGAUAUUGUUUGAUCUAAAGUCAGAUAUUGUUUUCUGUUGUUUUUGUUCAUUUUUACACAUAACAAUUUAACAAUAAAGGAAAGAUUUAUUAGACAACAGCUUCUGAAAUAAAAUCAAUAACUUUUUUUAAUGUCUCCUGGUAUUAACUUUUAGAGAUGUUUUGUGAAAUAUUGUUUGUAGUAAAGAAUUAAUAUUUUUUGUUUUUCAUUGGCAUAUGUUAAAUAAAUUGAAAGAUAGUUGCACAACAAAACAAACAUGGACACAAUCAAUCCAUGACUGGAAAUAUUUAGCAAGAAGAAAAAUGUAAGAUUUACUGCUGUGUUUGGACCCGGUAUAUGCUGAUAACAGCAGGGUUUGUGACCAAAGACAAAAUAAUAAAACAGAUUACAAAGUAAAUGUCUUUCUAAAACUCUUUAUUUUAACAGGUCACGUUGAUUCACUCUAAAGCUGCGACACUUUUAUUAAAUUAAGAAGUGAUGAGGUAAAUCUCAGUCUUGUGAUUAACUGACAAGUUAAUCAUAAUGCCCAGAAAUCAAUGUGAGAUCUUCAAAUUGCUUAAUGAAGAACAGAAAAAUUUCCAAAUAUAUUGACAGAUUACUAAGGUAGAUCAAACAACCACGCCUGAUACAGUUUCUAAGAUUUAAGAACAUGGAUUCAGGUCUGGCAUGAACAAAUGGAAAUAUGGAAAAGCAUGAAAACAUAUGUUGGAGUGGACGGCAUCAUCUCUUUGAAAUACAAAAGAAAUUUUAAAUCUUUGAUGGCGUCUACCAGAAAUCUAAAAAUGGGUCAUCAUUGGGCAAAUAAGCAUAGAAAUGGUUCAUCAGACACCAAAUCAGUGUUUUCCCAUGACCCCUCAGUAGCUUAACCUAAACACAUACACAGCACACACAUAGCCUUGUUUUUCAUACUGUGUUAUAAGUAUGAAUGGUUGUAUUUGGGUUACCUUUAUAUGUGCUUCAAGAACAUUGUUGAAAGUUAUUUACCUUGUAAAUGGUAAAUGAAGCCAGUUAGCUGUAGAGCUAAUAAGCACAAACAUUCAACAGCGUACAGUUCUGUACAACAAACAUACUCUUCUCAAAAGUUAAAUGCAUAGCAGAAUAAGUACAGUAGAUAAACAUAAUCAAAGCAGAUGACCAAGAACAGGUGAUUCUACAUUGUAUCUACCUCUGAAGUUGUAACCUGGAUCUAGAAAUAGCAUCAAAUUCACUUUAAUCAGAUUUGAUUUGUGGCUUGGGAAAUCUGUAAGGCUUAUUAAUCGUUGUGCUUGGUGACCAGGCUAAUAAGUCUUAGCAAUAAAAGUUGUGAUCUAAAUAAAGUUAAACCCAACAUUAUAUUUUCAUUCAACAAAGAAAUGUCUUUCUGACAGGAAAUGAGAUAGGUAUCUCUCAAAUGAUAAUAAAAUGACUAUUUCAAGUCAAUUAAUAUUUAUAUCCUUCUCAAUAAUCAGUGGGAAAAUCUUUGUUGGUGCAGUGCAGCUAUCAACCUCUUCUUGUAAUUGCUGACCAGUUUUUCAUAUGUUUCCACUGGUAUCUUGAUGCUUUAGCUUUGAGAAUGAUCUCCAACUCUUUGAGUUCAGAAGUCCUCCAUGCCAUGACUCUAAUCUUUAGCUCCCUCCACACAUUUGUUGAGAGUCUGGGGGGCUGCUUCAAAACGUUAAUAUUACAAGGCAAAAGAAAUAGUGUGGUAAAACAAAUAAAAAGUACAACAAAUGGGAGAAGUCCACAUUCUGUUCUAGUUCAGUUCCAAAAUUUUGAGUGUUGCUUGGAGAACUUUGUAUUUACUGAAGUGGUUCUUGUUAUUAAAAGCUUCAAAAAUGCACCUACGGAAGACUUUGGGAAAAUAGGAAUUGCAAAAGACCUCCCACAUACUCCAACUUGGUUAAUGUUUUCAGACAGGAAUAAGUCCUGUGCUAUUGACAUGAAGGGGACAUACAGUGUGUUAACAGGAGGUUUACCUUUUGAAGUGUGGUAUUGGUUAUAUUGGUAAAAAAAAAAAAAAAAAAA